CGAAGAUAAAGCCAUUGAUAGAGAAACAAUCGCUGAUAAUUGGCAAAUUGCUCAGAAAGAUAUCCGCACGUGAUACACUCACAAAGUGGGGUAGAGAUUCGGGGUAAUCAACGACAUUCCUCGACGCCGAGUCUACAAUCUCCGUUAAACACUCUCCUUGUUCUCAAUAGAGAGCCUCAACGCGGUUUCAAACAAGAUGUCUUUUCUCAGGGCUGUGGGCACUUGGAAAUAUACACGCGAGAUACAAUGCAAACAUCCAUUCAUUCGGCAGUUAUCGGCGGCUGUGCACUAUAGAAGACUGAGCACUUCGACGAGAACGCGUGUGAAUUCAUGUCCACCAUUGCGAGACACUCGGUUCACUCCUCGCCUUUUCUCAAGACCAAUCCAAGUUGAGAAAGUAGAAGACUCAGUGGCUUUGAAGGUCCACGGGGAACCGCUCUCCUUCGGUUCCUUUUGGUUAAGAGAUAAUUGCCAAUGUUCCAAUUGUAUCCACCCAGAUACACGACAGAGGAUCGGGGAUACCUUUUCUAUACCUACCGACGUCUCGCCUGAGAUAAAAGAAUAUGUGCACGACGAGGUCAAAAUCAGAUGGUCCGACGGCCAUCAAUCUACUUAUUCUAUGGAGUGGCUUGACCUUCAUCGAGCCAGACUUGGAAAAGAUGAGAAAACCCCUUUAUCACUAAGACCUUUUCAAUCUCAUACUCCGGGUAAUGAAUCAUAUCCCACAGUCGAGUUCGGUCAGGUCAUGAAGCACAAUGAGGCCCUCUUAGAGUGGCUGGAGAAUAUUCACAAAUGGGGCUUCUGUUUUGUCGACAACGUUCCAGUUGGACCCGACGCAACCCAGUCCCUGCUGGAGAGAAUAUCCUUCAUCCGGCAUACGCACUACGGUGGAUUCUGGGACUUUACAGCCGACUUGACAUACAAGGAUACCGCCUACACCACUGAUUUUCUGGGGGCUCAUACGGACAACACCUAUUUCACUGACCCGGCGAGAUUGCAACUAUUCCAUCUUCUCUCUCACACAGACGGCCACGGCGGCGAGAGUCUACUGGUUGACGGAUUUAAGGCUGCCCAAGUCAUGAUGGAGGAGAAUCCCGAGCACUGCGUGGUCUUGGCCGAACACAGCCAGCCAACCCAUUCGAGUGGGAAUGAAGAUGUGUGCAUCCAGCCCAACACAGAGUUCCCUGUAUUCAACACCACCAAAUCAGGACAUCUCUACCAGAUCCGCUGGAACAAUUAUGACCGAGCAGCAAAGACCAACUGGUCGGUCGCCGACCAGAAAGCCUGGUACGCAGCAGCAGGGCACUGGAGCGAGGUCAUCCGACGUCCAGACAUGGAAAUCUGGACGCAGCUGAAGCCUGGCUCAGCUCUGAUCUUCGACAAUUGGAGAAUGCUUCACGGCCGGUCUGACUUUAUCGGAAAGAGAAGAAUGUGUGGCGGUUACAUUAAUAACGAUGAUUUCCUAUCACGCUACCGUCUCCUCAAGUUUGGUCGCAAUCAAGUUUUGAACCAUAUCGGUAGCAGUACGGCGAAGGAGAACAGCCCGAAUAUGUUCUUCUAGGACAGUGGCCAAUUUCGGCC